AUGCAGACGACUACUACAACCGGCGCAGAGCGGCAGCCACCGGUGCAAAGCGGCGGUGACGAUGAUCGGAGGAGGAAGAAGAUGAGGGUGAUGGUGGCCAUAGACGAGAGUGACUGGAGCUUUUAUGCUCUUAAGUGGGCGCUCGACCACCUCUUUGUGGGGGCUACAGACCAGGUGGCGAUAAGCACGGGAACAGCGACGGUGGAAGCGGCGAGCCAGGAGAAUGUGAGCAUGAUGACUCUGGUCCAUGUCAUGAAGCCGUUUCAGCACUACGUCCUCCCUGCCGGACCAGGUGCAACGGCGUUUUAUGCAACGCCGUCGGUAUUGGAGUCUAUUCGCAAAGCACAGGAAGAAAGUGCUGCCUCUGUUCUCUCUCGUGCUUUGGAGAUAUGCAACGAAAAGAUGAUCAAAUCAGAAACUCUAAUUCUAGGUGGGGAUCCCAAGGACAUGAUUUGCCAGGCCGCAGAGCAGAUGCAUGUAGAUCUUCUUGUCGUAGGUAGUCGUGGCCUUGGCAUGGUCAAAAGGGCGUUCUUAGGAAGUGUGAGUGACUAUUGUGCACAUCAUGCAACAUGUCCAGUUGUGAUCGUGAAACCACCAAAGGAGUCUGCAGGAAAAUAACCCUUUUAACUAUUGUUCAGCUGCUUUGAUUUCUACGUAAGAUUGCAGAGAAUAAGAACAAGUGAGGAAAAAUCAAAUAAGCACAACUGAGGAAAGGGUGUAUUUUGUACUCCUUUUAUCACGAUAAAAAGAAAUGAAUGCGAGGGUUAUGUAUAUUGAAGACAAUUUAAAACAUACAUUGAAGAUAAUUUAAA